AUGGCGCGUAAUUCAGAAAAAGCCCAGUCGAUGCUGUUCCGCUUCAGAGAAGCGCAACAAGCAGAAUUAGGUAUCAUUGAUGCUGGGAGGACGCGACGGCCAAAGAUGAUAACGGAAGUCUCAUCCAUACCGGCAUGCGAAAAAUGGAGAGGUCAGGUUCUGAAAGAGAUCUCCCGCAAAGUCAGCAAGAUCCAGGAUCCAAGUUUAAGUGACUUUAUGAUUCGAGAUUUGAACGAUGAAAUCAACAAGGCCAUGAGAGAAAAAUAUAUGUGGGAGGUCCAAAUCAAGAAUUUAGGGGGUCCUAAUUAUAUGCGGGGAGGAGGGAAAGUUUAUGAUGAAGAAGGACGAGAGAUACCAGGUGGUGGGAAGGGUUAUAGGUAUUUUGGGCGUGCUAGAGAGCUACCUGGAGUCAAAGAAAUGUUUGAAGCUGCAACGAUAAAACCUCGCGAGGACCAACCACUAGAAUCAAGAGUAGACUUGCGAAAACAAGUCGAUGCUUCAUAUUAUGGUUACAACCUCGACGAAGAAGACGGCACUUUACUAGAUUAUGAGAUACAAAAGGAAAAGGAGGCUUAUGAGAACCUUCUGGAAGGCAAAGACAAGAAAGCCCCGGAUGGUUGGGAGCCAUUGCCAGGAGAUGCAGGCGAUGGCAUAGGAUGGAGACUACCCACAAGUGAAGAAGUUCAGGAAGAGCUCGUCGAUAGACGACGAAGACGAUUACUGGACAAACUGGGAUGA